GAGUCCGUUGAGAAGUACCUGGACAAGGGUUACAGCUACUCCCGCACCAACAACCCCACCGUGACGGCACUGGAAGAGAAGCUGGCCAAAGUGGAGAACGGGCGCCCCGGGCUUUCCAUGAACGUCAUCUCGGACUGCUCCUACGGAGGCACCAACAGGUCCUGCAGAGAGUUCUUUACGCCUUUGAACAUGGAGUUCGACUUCGUGGAUUUCCGGGAUCCGGAGAACGUCAAGAAGGCCAUGAAGCCCAAUACCAAGCUUGUGUUCAGUGAGACCCCGGCCAAUCCGGUUUUGCGCGGCCCCUAG